AUGCCUCCUCCUCCACGAUCGUGUUAUACGCCGACGCCCUCGCUCUUGAGAAGUCUCCGGAACGUCGUCGUCGGAGACCAAGGACACGCUCACGCUCACCGCGGCCUUUCCAAUGUCUACCUACGAUCACGUCCACACCCACGACCUCCUCGAGGUCCCUCGCAUCAUAUCCGAACCGCGGCCACAUUCACCCAGCCACACCAUGCGCAGGCCAUCUCAGUGCUUCCGACAAUGGUGGACCGCUCCAGCCCGGACUUCCAAGACAACUCAGCGCAGCUGACGGCCGUGAUGGCCAAGUAUUCGGAGCUACACGAGAAGAUAUCGCGCGGCGGGCCGGACAAGGCACGUUCGAAACACGUGCAACGAGGCAAGAUGCUGGCGCGGGACCGGGUGACGGCGCUGAUCGACCCGGGCAGUGAGUUCCUGGAGCUGUCUCCGCUGGCCGCGUACAAAGUGUACGACGAAGACGUGCCUGCGGCGGGCAUCAUCACGGGGAUCGGGACGGUUUCAGGCGUGACGUGCAUGGUGGUAGCCAACGACGCCACGGUCAAGGGCGGCACAUACUAUCCAUUAACAGUCAAGAAACAUCUGCGGGCACAGGAGAUAGCCGAACAAAACCGCCUGCCGUGCAUCUACCUGGUGGACUCGGGCGGCGCCAACCUGCCGAACCAGGCCAACGUGUUCCCGGACCGCGACCACUUCGGCCGUAUCUUCUUCAACCAGGCCCGCAUGAGCAGCAUGGGCAUCCCGCAGAUUGCCGUCGUCAUGGGCCCCUGCACCGCCGGCGGCGCUUAUGUUCCUGCCAUGUGUGACGAGUCCAUCAUCGUCGAGAACCAGGGCACCAUCUUCCUCGCCGGUCCGCCGCUCGUCAAGGCCGCCACCGGCGAAGUCGUCUCCGCCGAAGAGCUGGGCGGCGGGCAACUUCACAGCUCUGUCUCUGGCGUCACGGAUUACCUUGCCGUGGACGACGCCCACGCAAUUGUUCUGGCGCGCCGAUCCGUCGCCAACCUGAAUUACCCCAAAGAACAGAAAUUGCCUGAAACCGUCCGUCCCCCUCUCUACGAUCCCGCCGACCUGGCCGGCAUCGUCGGCACCAACCUCCGCAAACAGAUCCCGAUGCACGAGAUCAUUGCUCGCAUCGUCGACGGCAGCGAGUUCGCCGAGUUCAAAAAGGACUACGGCACCACAUUAUUGACGGGCUUUGCCCGGAUCGCCGGGUACCAAGUCGGCAUUGUGGCCAACAACGGCAUCCUGUUUUCCGAGUCGUCGCUCAAGGGCGCCCACUUCAUCCAGCUGUGUUGCCAGCGGGGGAUCCCGCUGGUGUUUCUGCAGAACAUCAGCGGUUUCAUGGUCGGCGCCGACGCCGAAAAGGGCGGCAUCGCCAAAAACGGCGCAAAGCUCGUCACGGCCGUCGCCUGCGCCAACGUCCCCAAGUUCACCGUCGUCGUCGGCUCCAGCGCCGGCGCCGGCAACUACGGCAUGUGUGGCAGAGCUUACUCGCCGCGCUUCCUGUGGAUGUGGCCCAACGCCAAAAUCGGCGUCAUGGGCCCCGACCAGCUCACGGCCGUCAUGGAAACCGUCGGCAAGGCCGUCGACCCCGAGCUCAGAGACCGCAUCGAGCGCGAAAGCGAUGCCGCUUUCUCCUCCGCCCGCCUCUGGGACGACGGCGUCAUUCAUCCCGCCCAGACCAGGAACAUGCUCGCCAUGGGCCUCAAGGCUGCCUUGGGCGGCACCAGCACGCAGGAUGACAUGUCCACAAAAUUUGGCGUCUUCAGAAUGUGA